GAUACUAAAGUGGUUGGCUGGGCGCGGCACUCUCUCUUCUUUUCUUUUCCUCUUUCUUCACCUAAUUCUUACAACACAUCAUGGAAAAAUUCAAGGAGAAACUUGCCACUCUUCGCAGCGAAGCCGAUGAGGCCAACCAGCGUGCUGAUGAACUCGAGGCCCAGGUCAAGCAGCUCGAAUCGGAACACACUGCCAAGGACCACGAACUGUUGUCUUUGCAAAUCCGAGUCAAGAAUCUCGAAGAGUCAUUGGAAAAGACCGAAGGUCAACUCAGGGAUAUGUCAUCCAAGUUCAAUGAAGCUGAUCUCAAGGCCGAAGAUGCCGAGCGUCGCGUAAGCUCUUUGGAGAACGAACUUGCUGAAAAGGAACAGUUGCAUGAAGAGCUUGAGGAAAAGUACAAGACUGCCAAGGCAGAGUUGGAUGAAUUGGCACGUCAGUUCGAUGAGUUGUAAAGAAAAAAGAGGAAAAGCUGUUAAGCGAGAAGUGUGUGUGCUAUUUUACUUUUCUCUAUUAAACCUCUCUCACUCUUUUCUUUCUUUUUUUUUCUUACUUCUACUACUACUCUCUCUCUCUCUCUCUCUCCUCACAAUUCCCUUUCCUCGCCAAUCUCAAGCCAAAAUCUUCCCAACAGUAUAAUAAAGUAAUGCUGCGUGUCCCCCUCCCGGAAACACCGUCAGAACAAAAAGUAAAUGGGUUGAAAAUUGUAUGUCGGUAUGGAACUCCAGU